AUGUGCGUAUCACCCGAUCUUCAACUGAUAUGCCACGACGGAUGUGAAACAACCGUGACUGCGACCCACGACAGGCGAACCAUGAUUGUACCUGUGUUUGGGCAGGAGGUCCAGUCAGUUACAUACGAGAGUUCUGUUGGUAUCUGGUGUGCAGAAACUAGUGAAUUUAAAUUUAUGCGUCGAUGGCUCAUUAGUGCAACUGGAGAGAAUGCAGUACCGGCUAUUCCUGAUAUUGCUGGAUUGGGAGAUUUUCGAGGCAGAUUAUUGCAUUCAAGCAAUUACACAAAUGGAGCUGAGUUCAAAGGGAGCAAAAUUUUGGUCGUUGGUUGUGGAAAUUCAGGCAUGGAGGUUAGUUUGGAUCUAUGCAAUAGCGGUGCUCAAGUUUCUCUCGUUGUCAGAGACAAGACUACCCAUUGUACCCAAGGGAGCAUUAAUUUUUACUCUCUCAAUGAAGUUGCUGAAAUGGUUUCCAGUAAGACUAGUGGAUAUUUCCUCAUCCUCUGUUCGGAGCUGAUUCUAGGAAACACCAAUAGACUUGGUAUUGAUAGACCAAAGGCAGGUCCAUUGGAACUAAAAAUAGCCGCUGGGAAAACUGCAGUGUUGGCUGUUGGAACAAUUGCUAAGAUAAGAUCUGGUGAAAUCAAGCUGUGCUUGUCAUAUUCCAUGUAUCUCAUCUAUACCAUCGAUCAUUGGAAGGAAUACCAGAAGAUUCUUUAUCGUCAAGAAGUUGGGCAUUCCACUCUGUCUAUCAGAUAA